CUUUGAUUUUCAACCAGUCAGCUUUUUAAAUUCGUUGCGCGUAGACGUGCUUCUGUGAUAAGUUGUUCAAAAAAGUCAGCCUUUGUGUUUUAUACAAAACCUAUUUUUUUUAAGUUCAUAAAAGCAAACAAAACCCUCAACACCAAAAUGUCAACUAACCGUGCUCCAAAAUCUGGAUUCGCUGCUGAAGCUCAACGCAAAAUUAACUCAAAAUACAGCGAAGAAUUAGCUCAAGAAUGCUUGGAAUGGAUCAAAAUCAUUACCGACGAACCAAUCAACACAUCUGGAGACAUGGAUAACUUCUUUGAAGUUUUAAAAGACGGUGUCCUUUUGUGUAAACUUGCAAACUGCCUACAAGCUGGUUCGGUCAAGAAAAUAAAUGAAAGCAAAAUGGCAUUCAAAUGCAUGGAAAAUAUUUCUGCUUUCUUAGCUUGUGCAAAGAAUUUCGGUGUGCCAACGCAAGAAACAUUCCAAAGUGUUGAUCUGUGGGAAAGACAGAAUUUGAACUCUGUCGUCAUCUGCCUGCAAUCACUUGGCCGAAAAGCACACAACUUUGGAAAGCCUUCCAUUGGACCCAAAGAAGCCGACAAAAAUGUUCGAAACUUCAGUGAAGAACAACUCAAGGCUGGCCAAAAUGUCAUAUCUCUUCAAUACGGAUCAAAUAAGGGAGCCAACCAAAGCGGAAUCAAUUUCGGCAACACCAGGCAUAUGUAAAUUUUUGUAAAAAAUACUAUCGCGUACUUAUAAACAAAACAAAAAAAAAAUUAAAACAAUUUACAUUCGCUUAGCAGCAUUCCAUUUUAGAAAAAAAAAACAAAAAAAUGUGAAACAAUUUAAGUGAAAACCACUAAUAAUGUAUUUAAAGUUAAUACUAUUUUUUUUUCUAUAAAUUUUAAGAAAAAACGUUUAACUUCUUGUGUGUACUUUUUUCCAAUUUAUAUCUUUCUUUUUUAUUUACAUUUUAUUGGCACCAAUUUUUUAUUAAACAUUCCUUAAAACAAAGCAAAGACAAUGAAAUUCAUAAAACAAAAGACCAACUAUAUUACAUCUUUAUAGACAAAAAAAUACAUAUUUAUUUCUUAAAAUUUUAUAAAAAAAAAAAAUGUGCCAUUAAGCAUUUAUAAUUUUUUUUCUUAUAUAACUAAAAUGAAGAAUGCAAACUGGCAUUAUUUUGUAUUAUGUAUUACUAACUUUACAAGUCUUUUACCUUAAAACUUUUAAAAAAAUAAGAAUAUUUUUUUUAAGACAUUAACCUUUACGAGAGUAUUUUUGAAAGGCCUUUUACACAAAGAAUUUAAUCAAAGUAGUGUCUUUUUAAAAAAAGUUGAAAUGUUAUACAUCUUAUAAAGUAUAUAUCGGUAUAUUUAUGUAUAUUUAAUAUAUAUAUUAUAUCUGGUUAACUGUUAAAUUCCUUUUGAAAAAUAAAAUACAUUUUCUUUUUAUAAGAAA